AUGGUGUUCACUCCCAUUUUGGCACUCGCAUUUGCCGCUCUCAUGCCAAUUGUCAAUGCCUACCCGGUCACUGGCAGCGUCGUCGACUGCCACUCUGGUCCAGGAGCCUCUCACUCCGUAGUCAAGACCUACGAGGAGGGAGCUGACAUUGAAAUCGCCUGCCAGACGACUGGCACUGCCAUCGAUGGCAGCAACAUCUGGCACCAAACCGCCGACGGCUGCUAUAUUUCCGACUUCUCCAGCGAUGUCACCGAGGAAUGCACCAGCGAUGACACCCUCAGCGAAGACACCGUCGAUGACGAAGACACCCUGAGCGAAGGCACCCUCAGCGAGCGCAGCACCAGCAGCAAUCUGCCCGGUUUCUCGGCCACCCAGACAAAGCACGCAAAGGCCAUCAUCACAGAAGCCAAGAAAGAGGGCCUGGGUCGUCAGGGCUGUCUCGCUGGAAUUGCAACCGCUCUUGUUGAGUCUAACAAUUCUUAUUUACGCCAACAAGAAGACUACGACAGCGUGGGCAUCUUCCAGCAACGGGCUGUUUACUACCCCAACAUCGCUGCUGAUAUGGAUGCUGCAAAGUCGGCCGCGCAGUUCUUCAAGAUCAUGAGGAAAGUCAGUGGCUGGAAGAAAAUGAAUACUGGCAAGCUUUGCCAGAAGGUGCAGGGCUCUGCGUACCCGAGUCGGUACCGGGAGCGUGUCCCUGAGGCUAAGAAGAUUUGCUCUGCUGGUGGCCUGUAG